AGUGGGAAAGCAACUUGGCUGGUAGUGAACACGUUCCUUUGCUGUCUCUUUCAACAUAGUGGAGUCUCUUGUCGUAGAUGUAAGGUGGCUAAUUUGAUCACCGUGGCACAAUGUCAAACACCUCAGGCUUCUGUGGUACUGAAGUGCCGGAUGAAAUGGCCAUGUAUACCGAUAAUUCCCUGAAAUCACUCCCUGGCCGUUGCCCAAGGCGACUACUUCCAGUGAUUGUCCUUCUCGUCACACUAACGGCUGUACAGUCUUCACAUUCCGUGGAUUAUGAUCAAGAAUUAGCUUCUGGCCAUGAGCGCCUUCGACAACUUGCACACCGCUAUGAGACAGUACAUGUUGACACGGCUCACCACCUGCACGGAGUUCGGAAACGUCGAGCGACUCAUGGAGACGACAACUAUAGCCACCCACCUUCCACCAACUUUGACAUCCAGGCCUUUGGGAAGACAUUUCGCCUGCAGCUGGAGUUAAACACUAUGCUGUUACCGGUUGGCACACAAGUACGCUACUUCAAAGCGAAUGGAGAGCUUGUUGUGGAUCAUGAUGCUGUCAACUGCUAUUACCAGGGUGAGAUGGAUGGAUUUAGUCAUGGAGCAAGUCAUGCUGUAAUCAAUACAUGCAAUGGAAUUUCUGGAUCAUUUGGCAUAGGACCAGCUGGUCACUGGACAAUGGAGAGGACCUUUUUCAUUGAACCACUGACCAAGGAACCCACUCCCAAUGGCACCCACCUUCAUGCUGUUUACAAAGCGGGUGACUCGAAAGAGAAAAUUCACUUCGGGAGUUGUGGUGUAUCAACUAACAAAAGCCAAGACCAUGCAUCACCACUAGACCUAGCACAGGGCAUUCUGAAUGUGGACAAGGACACCAUGCACAUUCACCAACGCACUAAACGCCAGACUUCCUCAUCGACCGAGCACUAUGUGGAGCUACUAAUUGUGCUGGAUGUAACACUCUUCAGGAGCAAGAUAGUAAAUCAGGACAUGACCGUUGCUACAAACCGUGCUCGUUCUGUCACUAAUUUCGUUGACUCGCUCUACAGAAAACUGAAUAUCCGUGUGGCUCUGGUAGCUGUGGAGGUUUUCAACAGAAGAGACGGCUUUACCACAUCAAGCGAUGCAGGCAUAAUGCUUACCAAUUUCCUGAAGUACAGAGUGGAUAAGCUUGUGGGUCGUAUUCACCAUGACAAUGCCCAACUCAUGACUGGACGUGACUUUGAUGGUGACACCAUUGGCCAGGCAACAAUCGCUGAAAUAUGCUCACCGACUAGAUCUGGAGGUGUCAACCAAGACACAGCAUCAGCUUUCUCAGCGGUAGCAGCCAUAAUCGCACAUGAAAUGGGUCACAAUCUUGGAAUGAAGCAUGAUGAUAGACAUGGCUGUGAUUGCACUGCCACGUCUUGGACUGGUGGUUGUGUCAUGGCUGGAGAAGCCGGCCAUCUUCCACCGAAUUCGUGGUCCAGCUGCAGCCGCUCUGAUCUCAGCACAUUUCUAUCACAUGGUGCUGGUCACUGCCUUAGCAACAAGCCAACAACACUAUUUGGUGACCCGGUAUGCGGCAAUGGUUUUGUGGAGGGCACCGAGCAAUGUGAUUGUGGUACAGCAGCACAGUGCACAACAACAUGUUGUAAUCCAGCUACAUGUCGUUUCACCACCGGUUCUCAAUGCAGCGAUGGUCCAUGCUGUCAAAACUGCCGCUAUCGGACUCCGGGUACACUCUGCCGCUCUGCUGUGAACAGCUGCGACGUAGCUGAGACAUGUUCAGGCCUGACACACACUUGUCCCAAUGAUAUAUUUGCACAGAACGGCCAGAUUUGCGGCUCGGGGUCAUUGGCAUCAUUUUGCUACAAUGGACAAUGCAACACUCACGAUACUCAGUGCAAGAGAACAUGGGGAACAUCUGCAGCCGUUGCUCCUCAGAUCUGCUACGAUCAAAACCAACGGGGCUCUUGCGGUCUCCUUCAAUGUACCGGCGGAGCAGCCUUUGCCAUAAUCUCGUCAUCAAGCCGAACAAGCACUAUCACAAUAAGAUAUAGCCAAGGCACAGUCGUCUGCAAAUCAACUACAAUCCCGCUAACUUCGGACAUGGUCGAUUUCAGCUUAGUGGCCGAUGGUUCUCCAUGUGGAUCAAGCUCGCUUUGUGUCAGCUCACGUUGCAGAUCGAUAAGUUCACUUGGCAUUACACCAUGUCCAUCAAGUCGUGGUAGGGUGUGUGCAGGAAAUGGUGUGUGCACAACUCUCAACUCAUGCUUGUGUAACCGUGGCUGGACAGGUGCUGACUGCUCACGUGCAACUAGUGGUGCUGUUAAUGGUCGGUGGAGUCCUUGGACAGUGUGGUCAGGCUGCUCCCAAUCCUGUGGUACAAGUGGUGUAAGGACACGCACUCGGGACUGUGAUAAUCCUCCGCCAAGUAAUGGUGGUGCGGUAUGCCGUGGUGCAACUAGUGACAGGGAAACAUGCAACCGCGUUCAAUGUGCCACACCUGUCAAUGGUAACUGGGCAAAAUGGAGUGCAUGGUCUAGAAUGCGGAGCUGGAACUCGUUCUCGCCAACGUACAUGCAACAACCCAUCACCAUCCAAUGGUGGAUCACGAUGUCCUGGUACUGGAACCACGAGGGAAAUAUGUGA